UCUCCCACUCUGUUCAUAAGAGACGAAAAAUUUAAGCGAGAGAAGAGACAAAAAGAGCGAGAAUGGAUUUCCCGCCGAUGAAACCUCCUCUCAUAACUUAUGGAUUUCUCAUACUGUUCUUGAUCGCUUCCUUUCUGUUGAUCGUCAUUGGUCCUUCUUCUAGUUUGAAUCCUCUGGUUUUUUUUCCCACAAGCUUCCAAUGCCAUCGCUCCACUUCAGUUGAAUCGCUCGAUUCACGAGACGAACUUGAUUUGGUGCUGGAGAAGGCGGCGAUGGCGAACAGGACAGUCGUAAUCGCGGUGAUUAAUAAAGCGUAUGCGGAUCAAGACGUGAAAGACGAUACUACGAUGUUCGAUGUGUUUCUUAGUAGCUUUUGGAUGGGAGAAGAUACUCGACGAUUGCUCGAUCAUCUUCUUCUCGUCGCUGUCGAUCAAACGGCGUAUGAUCGUUGCCGAUUUCAGCGGCUGAAUUGCUUCAAAUUGGAGACGGAAGGCGUCGAUUUCGGUGGAGAGAAGCUUUACAUGUCUGACGAAUUCAUCAAAAUGAUGUGGAGAAGAACUCUGUUCCUUCUUGAAGUUCUCAAGCGCGGUUACAGUUUCAUUUUCACGGACACGGAUGUAAUGUGGCUGAGGGACCCAUUUGGAAAGCUGAGCAAGGAUGAAACAGAAGAUCUUCAAAUAAGCACAGAUCACUUCAACGGAAAUCCAUGGUCCUCCGCCAAUCCCAUCAACACCGGCUUCUACUUCGUCCGAUCCAACAACAGAACCAUAGCGCUUUUCGAUCAAUGGUACUCCAUGAAGAACACCACCGCCGGCCAAAAGGAACAGGACGUUCUCUUCAAUCUCAUCCGUGCCGGCAUAAUCCGGCGGCUCAAUCUCAAGGUCAGGUUUCUCAACACUCUCUUUUUCAGUGGGUUUUGUCAGAAGAGUAGAGAUUUCAACCAAGUUACCACUGUCCACGCCAAUUGCUGUCGGACUAUCGUCGCUAAGAUUGGUGAUCUUCGGGCAACUCUCGGCGAUUGGAAACGAUUUAGGAAGUCGACCAAUGCGUCGGAGAUUUUCUGGUGGUCGGAUCACAUUGGUUGCAAGAAUUCUUGGAGACAUUGACGGUAUAGACACCGAAUGUUAUUUAUUUUUCUUGUUCUAAGAAAGUUUUAGGACGUGGAGGGUAGGAUAAAGGGAUUUUGGGUUUGUAUGAUUACUAUUUAACUAUAUUUGUAGAUGAAGACCGUACAAAAUUUAAUCAAGCUUCGAAU